AUGUCAGAUUCUGAAGACAAAAAGCCGGCGGCAAAAAGCCACAACAACGCUGUGGAUGUAGCUGCAGAGGAAGAUUCUACUCAGGAAGAAGACAACUACGCUAGCGCACAAGACCAGCUGCAACAACACCAGCAUCACGACCAACAACAGCAAGUCCAACCAGCGCUCCAGCACCAGCAAAUGCCAGGAACAAACAACCCGCCUCACGCAGCACCCACUCACCAAACUGGAUCCAUUGCAACCUGGUGCAAUAGUGAGGCUUAUGUCUCUCAGGAUGAAGAUAACAUGGCAAGUAUUGAUCAGAAUAUGAUUAUGGACAUGCUUCGAACAACAUACACCAUUGGACAUGCUGAUGGUGAUGUACGUCACCAGUUGGCACAAGGGUAUGACAUCUCCCCACCCGAUCCUGGGUUCUUCUUAGCACGCACCACUAACCAUGAACUGAUUAUUUUAUAUGGAAUCAAAGUUUGCACACAAGUGGGCUCUGCAUGGUGCCAACAAACAGUUGGUUUUGCCGGCGACAUCCCUACAAACAGCCAGCUUCCAGCAACUUGGUCCAUUAAAUAUUUCAACACUAUGGCAAAGAUGGUACAGGUGUCUGCAGUGGCCAAUCUUACCAAGCUACGAGCCAGUGCCAAGGCAGAUCCACAGCAGCCAAAUCUGGUCCCCACCUUCCCAACAAACAAAACUUCCCAGAAACUACCUGUGGUGUCCAUGGUGAAAAUCCCAGCCCCACUCCUCGCCAGAGCUUUGGCAGCUGGUGACCCACAGACCGCUACCUUACAUCCUGGAAGGGAAUUGAGUCGUGCGUACGGUGUAUCGUGA